AUGCCGCUAUAUUCGGACGCCCCCGAUGCGCGCCAGUUUUACGAGGAUAAACCGACGCUGCUUGUAUCAUGGUGGAUCACGGUUUUUUGUGUGGCGAUUAUCCUGACGCGAAUGUCGGGUCGAUACGUACGAGUCGAGAAGUUACUCAAGGAGGAUAAGAUCGCUGCUGGAGCGCUUAUACCGAUGGUACUACGGGCUGUUUGUGUUCAUUUUGUGCUCAAGAAUGGAACGAAUAAUGUCAACUUGGAUGGACUGAAGUUGAGCGCGGAGGAUAUUGAUAAGAGGAUCGUUGGGAGUAAGAUGGUCCUUGCGAGUCGAGUAUUCUACGCUUCCAUUCUUUGGAUUCUUAAACUUACAACCCUCGAGUUCUUUGAACGUCUUGCUGGCGCUACACGACGCAGGUCACAUCGUAUAAUGAUCCACGCUAUGCGCGCAACCCUCGCCGUUACAUUCCUCGCCGUUGUUAUAAGCGACCUCGCAGAAUGUCAACCGUUCCCUCACUACUGGCAGGUUACACCCGAUCCUGGGCCCAAAUGCCGCCAGGGUUUCGUGCAGAUGCUCACAAUGGGAGCUUGCAACGCCUUCACCGAUCUUGUCCUCAUCGCCUUUCCCAUCCCCAUCAUCCUCUCUACACAAAUUGCCACCAAGCGCAAGGUUCUUCUCAUCAUGCUCUUCAGUUUCGGUUUGUUGACUGUCGGUAUUACGUUAUAUCGUAUCCCCCGCAUCAUUGAAGCAAACGGGAGUCAAGUCGUUCGUACAAUGUGGGCAUCAAUUGAGAUCCUCGCCGCCACAGCAGUCGGCAACAUCGUCGCGCUAGGUUCAUUCCUUCGCGACAGCGGCGUCAAGCGCAAGAAGUUCAAAGAGUCAAACAGCUACUCCGGCUACUCCAACUCGCGCUCUCAAUCGCAGCCUACGAAACUCACCCGCACGGCACACAGUCAGUGGGAGGAGGAGGAUCAUGUUCGUACGACAGAGGGGAUCUGGGCAAAGUCGCAUGAUACAAGCGAUUCGAUCUCUAAAGAUGAUGAUUUGCGAAAGUCGGGCGAAAGACCUGUUAGUCCGACGCAGAGUCACGACUCGCUUAUUACUAGGGAUCAAUUGACCGGGUCGAUGGAUCGUGAUGAGUUUGGGUAUCAGCAACCGCCGACGGCUGUUAUUGCUGGAGGAUCGAGACAGGUUCAGAGAGCGCAGCCGGCGAGGGAUAAUUGA